AUGAAGGACCCUGACCUCAGGCUCCUUCUCCCUGCCCUGAGCCAAUGCUCCCUGCUGACCAGCAUCAAUCUCUACGACAAUGAAAUCUCCACCAAUGCCCUGAAAGACCUUCUGUACCACACUGCCAACCUAAGCCAGCUGACCAAGGAGCUGUACCCUGCUCCUAAGAAGUCUAUGAUCACUCUGCAUUAUUAUCCCCGAAAACCAGUCAUGAUGGGAGACCAGGCCCCACCCACACUCAUGCAGCUGGCAAGACAGAGGCUGCUGAGGGAGGAGGCCUUGACCCUUUCUAUUCUGGAGGACCUGCCUGUGGGACUGCUCCCGCAGAUGUUUGAGGAGGCACUCACUGAUGGACGGACAAACAUCCUGAGGGCCAUGGUGUCUGCCUGGCCAUUCCCAGACCUUUGUGUAGGAGCCCUGAUAAAGGACGCCCACCUGGAAACAUUGAAAGCUCUGCUUGCUGGACUAGAUGUGCUGAUUACAGACAAGGUUCAUCCCAGGCAGUCAAAACUCAGAGUACUUGAUUUGACGAAUGUGCACCACGACUUCUGGAGCAUUAGGACAGAAACCCAUGAAGGUGACUGCUCACCACAAGCCGAGGGGCAGGAGCAACCAGUGGAGAUCUGUCCUAACUCUGGGGUGAAGAAACCUUUCAAGAUAGUAACUGAUCUUGAACUGGUGAAGGCCAGGUACAAUAAAUGUGACUCGUACUUGUUACAGUGGACCCAGCAGCGAAAAGAUUCCAUUCAUCUAUGUUGUAGAAAGCUGAAGAUUUGGAAUUCACCUGUCUUCUCAGCUAUGCAGAUCUUCAACAUGAUAAAUCUGGACUGUAUCUUGGAGCUGGAGCUGAGUCUAAGGUCACUUAAAUUCAUUGUAGAGCUUUUUCCUUACCUGGAGCAGAUGAGAAACCUUCACACCUUUGUGCUAGCAGAAAUUGGGAAUCCCUUCAGAUCUGGUGCUUCUGCACAGCAGGAAAGGAAAAGCAUGUUGCUUUUGCAGAUCUCCAAAUUCCCUUCUCUCCAGAAUCUCUCUGUACAUAAUAUGUACUUUUUAACAGGCUGCCUUGAGGAGCUCAGGUGCCUGAAGACCUCAUUGAAGACCCUGUCGAUCACUGACUGCUGGCUCUCCCAGUCAGACUUGGAGUACCUGAGCCAGGGCCUGAACAUCCAUGAGCUCAAACAUCUGAACCUGAGUGGUGUAGUGCUAUCUGAUUUAUGCCCUAAGCUUCUUGGGGUUCUCCUUGAUAGAAUCGCAAGUACCCUGCAAAUCCUGGAAUUGGAGGAGUGCGAGAUGAGGGACAAUCAUUUCAAUGCUAUCUUGCCUUCCCUGAGCCAAUGCUCCCAGCUUACUAAGGUCAAUUUCACAAAUAAUGUUAUCUCUCUGCUUGUCCUGAAGAACCUUCUACAUCAUACAGCCAAGCUGAGAAAGCUGACCCAUGAGCUGUACCCUAUCCCUCUGGGACACUAUCAGGAAAUCAGGCUACUUUGUCAUGAGCUGCUGGAUACACUCAUGGCCGAAAGG